AUGGCAAAGCUCAUAAUCCACAAAAUUGACAAUAUUCUGAGACACAAAAGAUCGGAGUUGUGCUGCGAAAACGUUAACAAACCAUGGAAGUAUACUGUAUUAUGUCAUCUGCAACAUUCUUCUGAUAAAAAAUUAAAGCCGAAAAGUGAGACAAGUACAUGGAGAGAAUCUUGCAAUAUUGCUUUCGGUAGAGGCUAUAAGAAAGCAAAUAGUCUUGGGAAGAGCAAGACGAUUGAGAAAAUAAGACCUCAAUCAGAUUGGAUGACUACCCAAGUAUAUGAAAACGGAGUGGAAUGCGAAUACAUAUCAUGA